CACCCACGAAAUAUUCCGUCAAGUCGACGGAGAUAAAGGCCUGCUGCCCCCUACUACCUGUCUUCCCUCGUACGAAACACACAUACUCUACAACUAUGCAGUUCACCACCCUCGCCCUCACCUUCAUCGCUGCCGUCGCCGCACAGUCAGACGCCUCGGCUUCUGCUUCUGAUGUAUCGGCCGCCGUCUCGAGCGCCGUCUCGUCUGUCUCUGCACAGUCCUCGGCCUCGUCUCGCUCAGCAUCUCGCUCGUCGGCCCUCUCUUCGGUCCGUCGCAGUGUCUCGCUCAACUCUGCCUCGAUCGCAGCUGCACAGCGUUCAGCUCGUUCUGCCGCAUCUAUUGCCUCCUCCAGGGGAGCUGCCUCCGUCCGAUCCGUUGAGGCUUCUGCUUCCGGUCUUGACGCCGUUUCCCAGACUGAGGCCGCCGCUUCCAUCCGUUCGGCCGCGUCGACCGCUUUCGCCGGUAUCAUCAGCUCUGCCAACGCCGUCAUCUCGUCUUUGGCUUCCGAGGCUUCGCAGGCUGCCGCUCAGGGUGCAUCUGCUACCUCGCGCGCUGCUGCUCCCUCGAUGGCUGCUGCCGCCGGUGCUGGUCUCUUCAUGGCCAUCGGUGGUGCCAUUGUUGCUCUCUAAACAAUCUCUCAUGAUUGCCUCUUGAGAUCUUCCAACAAAAAGAACAGCACGAAGUUAGAUUGCGCUGAUCAGCUCGUCAAGCACUGUGUAUUUCCACAGGAAGCCAUGUACUGUUAAAGCUAUUAUAUAGAAUAAAACUUUGUUGACCUUUCAA